AUGGCUAGGGGUAAGCAGAAGGAACAAGCAAGAGAAAAAGCACAGAAACUAGCUGAGACAAGACAAGGUGGGAAGUCACAGUUGGCAGCGCGUGCGGCUGGACUUCAAAUGAAGUGUCCUGUUUGUAAAACACCAGCCGCCAAUUACAAGAUCAUUGUUAAACACAUGGAGGCUAAGCAUCCAAAGGAAUCUAUACCACCUGAAUCGGCUUUCCAAAGUUAA